AACUAGACGACUUCUUGAAAACUGAAGUUUUUGCAAAGAGCACCACAAUCUCAGCACUCUCGAUAUCACAAUGUCUUCUUCAUCUGGGCCAGGCACCAGGGGCAACCUCACCCUUGAGCAGAAGAAGAGCCUCCAAGAGGCUUGGGUCCAUAUUCUGCGAUUAUGCGGAAAUGAGAAUAUCGCCCAUGAUGCUCCAGACAACACAGACGAAUAUCUCCAACACCUCAAGAACAAAGAUUCCGAUCAUUUCUCACGGAAUCUCUGGGAGUCAAUCAUGGCCGAUCAUCCCGACACCACGCUCCUUCGAUUUCUUCGGGCGCGCGACUGGGAUGUCAACAAGGCUGUCGACAUGUUUGUCUCUGCUCUCAACUGGCGCGACGAGCGACAGAUUCAGAAGACCAUUGUCGGAGGCGGCGAAGCUGUCGGUCUGAAGAAGACCCUCACUACCGAUGAGGAGUCAUUCAUGGCGCAGUAUCGCUCAGGCAAGAGCUACGUCAGAGGAACAGACAAGGACAAUUAUCCCAUCUAUGUCAUCAGAGUCCGCCUCCACGACCCACACAAACAAUCUGCUGAGUCUAUGGAAGAAUAUGUCUUGCACAACAUCGAGACCUUGAGGGUCAUGGCAAGAGAGCCGCAAGACAAGGUCUGCUUGAUAUUUGAUCUCACAGGCUUUGGUCUUCGCAACAUGGACUUUCAUGUUGUCAAGUUCCUCGUCGAUAUUCUUGAGAAGCGCUACCCCGAAACCCUCUCGGUAGUGCUUGUGCACAAUGCGCCAUUCGUAUUUUGGGGUGUCUGGACCGUCAUCAAGCACUGGCUCGACCCUGUCGUCGCAUCAAAGGUCCACUUCACCAGCGGCACCAAGGGCCUUCUCAAGUUCAUCGCCAAGGAGAACCUGCAAAAGUCUUAUGGUGGUGAAGAUCCUUGGGAGUACAAAUACGUAGAGCCUGUUCCCUCCGAGAACGAGAGGAUGCAGUCUGAGGAGAAGAAGAUAAAGAUACAGAUUGAGCGACAGGAAUUGAUUGACUCGUUCAAUCGGUCGACCGUCGAAUGGAUUGGCACAAAUCCUGACACAGACGCUGGCAAGGAAGCGCACGAGAGACGAGAUGAGUUGAUUCAAUUGCUACAGAUGAACUACUGGAAGUUGGAUCCAUACGUUAGGUCUGGUACUUACUACCACCGAGCGGGAGUGGUCAAUAGGGUUGGAGGUGUCGAUUUCAAGGCAGCGCGAUAGUCAAUUACCUAGUUUAGAGUGUUAUUCGUAUUCAAUUCCGUAG